GCAAAGUAGAAACACAACACAGACGUGCAGCACGCUUGCAGUAAAAGGAAGCUGAUUUGCAGUCACUUGCUCACCUUGAGUCCUAUCUAGCUAACGUUAGCUAACUGGUCAUCUAAUUUACACUGGCUAGUAACAGCUGGCKACUUAUGAAACUAGCUACUUGGCUUGUAAACAUAUCAACCUAACCACAAUAUUAAUUGUAUAACUCUCUGGUUAGCUUGCUAUAUAGGUAAUGAAAUAACAAUUGUUGGAAAACUGGUUACUAUCUUCUCUUUUUGGGACAUCUGUCAACUCUUUUCGCGUCCAUGGUUUGCGACAUCUAACACGAUUUACGGCUUUGUUUAUUAACUCCUAUUUGAACUCGUGUGGACGAAGGGCGAAGUAACCAGCUAUCGACACUACUUAAUUGCAAGGAUUUAUUGAUAMGGGACAUUAUAAUUAGUGAAGGCUGCUACGGUCUCAGGCAGUGACAUGGCCAACCCUCUGAGGAGUGASGUUAGACAGCUGUACAAGAACCUCCUGUUUUUGGGACGGGAAUACCCCAAAGGCGCAGACUACUUCAGGGAACGUCUGAAGAGUGCCUUUAUGAAGAACAAAGAUGUCACAGACCCCAAGGAGAUCAGAAAGCUAGUUGACCGUGGGGAAUUUGUGAUAAAGGAACUGGAGGCCCUSUACUAUCUGAGGAAGUACAGAGCCAUGAAGAAGCGUUACUACGAAGAAGAAUUGUCCGCCGUGCUGAAUAUAGGCAGACCGGUAGACUGAUAGCCUAGCUAUUUGGUGGCUGAAUCUUCAGUGUGCGAGUUUUAGUUUAGCCGUCCAUGAACAAGACUGUUAUUAGCAACACAAACGUCCUUAAUUAAACACAAAUGUUAGGUAUAUAUUACAGACAAGUGUUAUGAUCCACUCUGACCCACCUCGAAGUGUGGAAUGACAUCAACCAAAUGACUUCAUACAGUUCAAAUGACUACAGUUCUCUUGUGUACAUAAUUGUAAAUAAUACAUGAUAGAAUGUAUUGAUCGCGUGUACAAAGUAAUGUAAUUKAAUUAUCUAAAUAGGAGACACAGCUAUUUCAAAUGAAUGUUUAUUUUAAAUGUACAACACUGAUAGCCCUAUUUUUGAAAUAAAUGAGAAACAAGUCAAGUCAAA